UCAUCUUUUUCUUUUUCUUUUUAUUUUUUGGUUCGCUUACAAUGUUCGGAAGCUAUGAAUUUCCCCUACAAACCAAACCCACUUGAGAGACACGACUGGGUUCCCAGAUUUGAGUUUGUUCGAUUUUCAUUUAAAUUUCAAGCACAGAGAUGAAGUCUCUGUGACGGGCUGCUGAGUUGCUGCUUUGCCGGGAUUCAAAAUGGCAGGGCGGAGCUGGCCAUGGCGGAAGAAGUCUUCAGAGAAGAGUCCCGGUGAGACCGAGAGUUCGGGAUCUAUAUCUUCUCAUUCUGAAAGAUUCUCCGAUGAGCAGGCAUAUCCACCUCAAAGUGCUCAAUCGCCUGACGUCACAUCUAAAGCUGCAAGCAAUGAUGAAGAAGUUAACGAGAGUGUGAAGAUCCUAUCAGAGAAACUAUCUGCUGCUCUUCUAAACAUUAGUGCCAAAGAAGACUUGGUCAAGCAGCAUGCCAAAGUCGCAGAAGAAGCUGUCUCAGGCUGGGAGAAGACUGAAAAUGAAGCUCUGGCUUUAAAGCAACAACUUGAGGCUUCCAAGAAGAAAAACUCAGCUCUUGAAGAUCGUGUUUGUCAUCUUGAUGGAGCACUGAAGGAAUGUGUGCGACAGCUUAGACAAGCCAGAGAAGAGCAAGAGCAGAAGAUCACUGAAGUUGUUGUAAAGAAAACUCAUGAAUGGGAAUCUACAAAGUAUGAGCUUGAGAGACAGCUUUCUGAGCUUCAGGUUCGAUUUCAGGCUGCUAAAGCUGAAACUGCUGCCUCAGUUGAUUCUGAUCUUCGCCCAAAGCUUGAGGCUGCAGAAAAAGAGAACUCAGCCCUCAGACUUGAGCUCCUUUCUCGAGUGGAGGAGAUAGAAAUCAGGAUCAUGGAGAGAGACUUGAGCACGCAAGCUGCUGAAACAGCCAGCAAACAAUAUUUAGAGAGCAUUAAGAAGGUGGCUAAGCUUGAAGGUGAGUGCCACAGACUAAAAGCCAUGGCUCGUAGAGCUUCCCCUGCUAAUGAUCACAAGUCCUUUAUUGCGUCGUCAGUUUGUGUAGAAUCUUUCACAGAUAGCCAGUCAGACAGUGGGGAAAGGCUACUGGCAGCCGAAACCGAUAUGUGCAAAAUGAACUGCUUGGAGCCUAAUGAUUGCGAACCAAGUCGCACUGACCCAUCAGCAUCUGCUCUAAUCUCAAAACUUGGUCGAUUUAAGAACGAGAAGGCUCUCAGAAGAAGCCUUGUGGUCCCUUCAUUAGAAAUCAAUCUCAUGGAUGAUUUCCUUGAAAUGGAAAGGCUUGUGGCAAUGCCAGAUACAGAAAGUGGCAGCUGUUUCCUUGAGACAGGGCCUGCUUUGAAUCAACCCAUUGCUGGUGAAAGCCAUAUGAAAGCCGAACUUGAAGCUAUGAUUUAUAGGACUGCCGAACUGGAGGAAAAGUUAGAGAAGUUGGAGACUGAAAAAGUGGAAUUUGAGAUGGCUUUGACUGAAUGUCAAAAGCAGUUUGAGGCAUCACAGAGUCGGCUAAAGGAAGCACAGGUGAAAUUGGUAGAACUGCACACCGAGUUCGCUCUUGCAAACGAAUUAAAGCAGGCUGCAGAUCAAGAGGUACAGGCCACCCAAAAAAAGCAGGAAAUAGCAGAGUCACAACUCAUAGUCAUUGAAGCUGAGGUCAAAAACUUGCUUUGGAAAGUUGGCUCAUUAGAAAAAGAGGUCGAGAAGGAGCGUGCUUUGUCAGCUGAAAGUUUUGCCAAGUAUCAGAAAUUGGAGGAUGAACUUCUAAGAAUGAAAGGAAAAGCUGAGUUCUGCCGAGAAGCGGAGCUCCAGCGAGUUAAUGGUGAAUUGAAGAUAACACAGGAGGAGGAGCUUGCAGUCGCUGCUAGUAAAUUUGCAGAGUGCCAGAAAACAAUUGCAUCUCUUGGGCGGCAGUUGAUGUCUCUUGCAACACUGGAAGACUUCCUGACCGACUCACUGGAACUCAAUGGUGAGGAGAUUCAGGGUCCCAAAAGUGAUAUGGAUGCAUUGAAAUUGCAAUUUAGCGACCGGAUUCCUUCAAAGAAUGGUAGUGGAAGGGAGUCAUUAUUAUCCCCAAACCCGCCCAUUGCCUCUGAAAAGAUCCAAAAUGAUAUUGGGAAUCUUUUCCUGCCAAGUAAGAGUGUGAAUUGAAACGAAAAUCAGUGAGAACAUAUUUUUCAUUGUAUAGCUGUUUUGUUUGUUCUUAUUACCAAUGCUGAAACCAAUCAAUCAACUGUGUGUAUUUACAUACCUGGAAAUUAAAUUAUUCACAGAAUAUAUAUAGUGAUACAUAAAAUUACAAGUUAGAAAUUCUUAUUGC